UCAGAAUAUUUAUUUUGUUACAAACUUCAAACAAUUGAAUCAAUAAAUUAUUUCUAUAAAGCAUCAGUUGAUAAUAGUAUAAAAACAGCUUAAAAAAAACUUUCAUUAUUUUUUCAUUAGCAUUAAAAGCUGCAGUUCCUCCAACAUCCACCAGAGACUCCAGCAGUGAGUCAGUCCCACAGAUUCCCAAGUUUAAACUUGACAGCAGAAAGAAAGACGUUCAGUCUGAUUUAAAAAAGAAAAACCUGAUUUGGUCUCUGUAGAUAAUUUCUACCUUUAUGACACAUGUUUGUUUAUUUUUUAAAGUCAUCUGUUUAAAGUUCAACUUUAUUGUAAAGUUUCAAACAUAAAAAAAAAUUACAGUGGAAACCAGUUGGUGAUGGUGCCUACUUCCAUCUUUCAUAUACAGUCUAUGAUAGGCGCGUAGAGAGAGAAUAACAAUAAAAUAUGAUUUUAUUUGAACUGUUAAAGUCUGAGGUGCAGUCUUGUGUGUUUUCCUUUUGGGGAUCUCUUAUUGGUUCACCUUUCUUCUACCUGAUUGCGCGCACCCGGUGUGGGCACGUCCGAGCGCUCGCGGUAACCCGCUCUGCAGGUUCGCCCGGAGAGUCAGUGCCUGAGUGCUCCUGCAGCGAGCAGCUGUGCUCCUGCUCACACGGCGGACACCAUGAGUAAGUCCAGCACGCUCAAAGUCCGGAAAUUAUUCAGCCUCAAAUCACCGGAGAAGGAGAAGAAGGAGCUGAAGAGGUCGGGGUCCCUCAAAGAUGUAGUGGGUGCGGGGACCAACCCCGCGGACAUCCCGGGGGGGCUACCCUGGAGCCCCGGCUCUCUCAGCCCGGGAGACAACCCCACUCUGCCCGGGGACUCCUCACUCUAUUCCCCGAAAGAAAAGAAGAAACGGCGGCUGCUGCCGUUCAAGCUGAAACGGAAGAAAUCCAAAGACAAAGACCGAGGAGGAGGAGGAGGAGGAGGGGGAGAGGUGUUCUUCCCUGACACUGAUGAGCUGGAGAGCUUCAGCAGCCACAAGAGCCUCGACCACGACCAGAUGAGCGUUUCCACAGAGUGCAGCUACCAGACCGAGUCCGACUGGACGUCCGUGAUCAGCUUCGACAUGAACGCGGCGCCGGGAAGCCCGAUGUCACCCUCCAAACACUCCAAGAGUUCGGAGGAGAAGAAGUCAGUGUUCGGCCGUCUCACCAACUUCUUCAGCUCCAAGAGGAAGAAGAGCAGCAGCCGGAAUCAUUCGAGCACCUCCACCGACAGCUGCCCGGCGUCCCCCUUGUCUCCACAUUCACCCCAAUCUGAGCCAGAAAAUGGGUUAAAUGCUGAGCACAGCGACACCGUGAGCCAGAGCUCCAGCCGGAGCGCCUCCAGCAGGGCCUCGCAGGUCACAGUAGAGGCAGACAUGCCCUUUGCAGACAGUAACAGCACCGGGAGAAGCAGCGUGAAGGAGCUGGAUGCAAUCAUGACUUCCACAUCCACAGACCCUGCAUCUGCCACCGAGCCAGAUCCAGAUCCUGGUUUAAAGUCAGAAGUGGGCUUCACUGAAUCCGUGGUGGAAGAAGUGAGCAAACGGCUGCAGGUGAAUUUGGAACAGAAAGUACUGAAGAGACCAGAGAGCAGCAGUGAGGAUGAGAUCAUCAGCCCGACCACACUGACGUCACUUCAGAUCCCCCUUUCUAAGGCUGCGGAGUCCCCAAAGUCUCCUAACCUAACCUCCAUAAGCUUAGCAUCAAAGAAAGCAUCGGUGAAGGUUGGAGAGAAGGGCCACAGCACGGCGCUGAGAGGAAUAACUCUGGGCAAACAGCAGGGAAAACCUCUGGACCUGAAGAGGGAAAACUCAGGAGGACCCAGGACGAGCACUCGCAUAUCCACCAGCAGCCUCUCGGGGGAAAGUGCAACCAUGAGAGAGGAAAAACCCCAAGGCGAGUCUCCUGUCCUGUUCCACAAAGCCAUAUGGGUGGAGACACACCUGGGAGAGGAGGAGGUGGAGUGGGAGAAAGAAAGGGAUGUAAUGAAAAAAGAGGAGGAGGGCUUUAGAGCAGACUCGCCUCCUCUUUUGGCCGUACCUGCCACAGUAAUUCCAGAGGACGACUCAGAGGCUGAGAGAGCACCAGAGAGCCCUCCCACCCCCUCAGAGACUCCUCCGCUCAGUGGCAGCCUGCCACAUUCACUCUCCUCCCUGUCACAGACUGUGGGGGAGGUUCACACCCCCACGGAGCAGCCGGAGGGGCCGGACACAGACUCAACAAGGAGUUUUCCUCAGGUUCAGGAGCGAUAUCGGCCGAGAUCAAUCCGGAUCACACGCAGGACCGUGAGUCUGCCUUCGAAGAGCAAAGGUGUUGCCGAGGUGAACACCAGCCCCGAGCCGAGCGUGGACGAGGACGAAGGUUCAACUUCAAAGAGCUCAAACACAACAGAGGCGAAACCACGGCUGAUCCUCAAAAACAGCAAUGAUGCUGACUUUAAGGACACAAACUUCGAUCGACCCGCACAUGAAGACGAGUCUCCACUCUCUGAGGCAAUUACUCCUGAAGCCAUAGUUAAAACAGACUUGGAGGCCUCAGACUUCAAUGACACUUCUGCAGCGUCAGACAUGUACAAAAAGAAGCCAGCAGCUGCAGAACCAGCGGCGAGAGGCCAAGCAGCUAACCAGGCUGCACCCCAGAAACGAGUGGUUAGAGGAGCAGCAGAAAGCCGGCAUACCACGGCGAGUGGAACAAAGACCCCGACCUCUGCAGCUGGAAACAAGGCCAAGAAUGUCCUAACAAAGGCAAAGGGCUCCACAGAGGGCACAAAAGUGGAAACUUCCAGUGAUAAUCCAACACAAAGAGACGGAGCCGUUAUUAUGUUGCCAGCAUUAAAAGACCAAAGUGCCAGCGCUCCCUCCGGUGCUGCCGGUUCAAAGUCUAAAAUCCCCAAAAGAUCAACAUCAGACGCAGAUGUGAAAUCGCCGGUGACACCAGAUAAGACCUCAACGCCGGACACCUCAGGGCCCAAACUACAAAAACAACCUAGGACCAAAGAGACUCUGAAAUCUCCAACAACUGCAGCCAGACCUGGAAGGAAACCAAGCUUUGAGGAAAACAAAGGAGGAAAAUCAGUGUCGGGGAACGUUUCUCUCAUGAAAACUAGGACCGGAACAAAACUCAGUAAGGACAAAUCAGAUGAGGACUUUGAGUCUGUGAACUUGCUAAAUGACGUGGAGAAUGAGGAGAGAAAAAGUGGACACCCACCACACAGGGAAAGUCCAGACGUCAAAAAAACACAGCAGCAGAACGAUGUGGAGAGCUCUCCGAAGAGCCGGCUACCCGUUUCAUCUCCGACGAGAAAGAAGGUUGAUAUAACCUAUAAAAGGGUUUCAUCGGGUCAGAUGGACUCGGACAGACCUAAAACAGUCCAGAAGACAAGUCCAGAGCAGAAAGAUGCAACCGCUGACGAGAGUCCUGGGAGUGAGACGCCGCCACCGCUACCCGAAAGUCCAAAGAAAGCAGGAAUUGUCCCACCAAUGAAGCCACCCAAAAACUUUUCUAAAAGAAUCCAUGUUGAGAGCGAUACUCCGACCUCCAGCAUCUCUCCACUUCCCACCAAACAAGAGAAAACUGUCUCAUCAAGGAUCUUUAAAUGGAACGAAAACAUCAAACAGCAUCAAAAAAUGCCUGCAAAAGAUUCACCUGAGACCUCGUCGUCUGUGAGCAAGCUUCCCACAAGAGCCCAGAGAAGCUCCAAUAAACUAAAACCCAGACAACGUUCCCAAAGUGGGAAUUCUGAGGACUCAAAUCACAACACAUCGACAGAGACGGAUGUAAAAGCACCUGAAAGCAUCACGGCGAAUGAGCGUGACAGUGAAGACACAUUUAAAUUCAAGUCGGAGGGAGAGGAAUCCAUUAUAAAACACACUGAUGAAACCAAAGUGAAAGAAAAAGAGAUCGGAACCAGUACAGCAACUGAAGACAUUUCAAACAUCCAGCGGUUGCAAAACAGCGACGCAGUUAUUACAAAAAGUGUUCUGGACACAGGAGCCGAGGUGCAGUCGAGCUGCGAGAUCGACAAAGCAAUUCCAUCUCAAGUUACUGAUGGAGGUCAAGCGGAAAAUUUGUCUGCUAUUCAAAAUAAAAACACAACACGAGAACCAAAAUCCCCGUCACUAAAAACACUGAAGCUAACAGGAAACGUGAAACUGGGUUUAAUCCAAGAUAAAAACGCGGCACCACGAACUCACGACACAAAACAAGCUCCUGAAGAUGAAACUGACAUGCCGAGCAAACCCGCUGAGGGUGACAGUGUUCAAAGGGAGAUACGUGGACGUAUUCCUGCUAAUAAAAUAAAUGCAUUCACUUCCAAGCAAGAGAUAAACAGCAGCAGUAUUCCUACUAAACUGAUUUCAAAGGAUGACUCAGAUCAGUCUAAACCAGCCAAUACAGAGCAGCAAAAGGAUUUAUCAAGGGAGGAUCAAUUCACAAACGAAAGGGACACAUCCCUGACAUUAAACAGGGCCUUAGCAAAAGAUGUUGAAGUAGAAGAGAAAAGCAAAGAGGAGGGUGGCAGGAAACCAGCAGAGAGGUUGGGCAUUCAAACAGAGGCUGUGACUGUUUGUGAAUUGUCCAAGAAUGUUGAAAAUCAGUUGCACAAAGAGGCUCUUUUACUCGCAGGAGGAUCUGAAGGGAAAGGCUCAAAACCAAAUGAAACACUUAGUGACACAGCAGUGGAAAGCACUGAGUCACAGAAUAGUUGCAAAGAGGCGCUCAAGGGCAUAACCACAGAGAGAGCCAUUACAAAUUCAGAGAAAUCAGCACAUCUGUCAUCAGAGGAUAGAGGUUUAUCAGCUGAGUCCAAGGAAGAAACGCAGACAGGGGUUACAAACGCUCUGAAAGAACAAACGAGGGAGGAGCAAGCAAUACUCCAUGAAACUACAAAACAGCAGCCUGAGAUGCCUUUGAAAGAAAACACCGAGAGCAGCGGUGAGAAAACAAAAGCAUCAGAAGUGAAAAAUGAAUCCAAACUGCUUUUGACCAAAGAUGAGGAAGUCGGAGAUGAAGACACAAGUCUGGACGACAAACGUGACAGAGGUGUAAAAGGAAGACGAACUCCAGAAAUAAGAGACGUAAACACAUUCGAUGCUGAAGCUGAUAAAGAAAAGAAGACUUUAUUGAAUGUGACUCAAGAAAACAAGAAGGCGGUCGCUGCUAAAGACCAAGGUGAGGACAUUACAACAAAGGCUAAUCUAAAUCAGGCCCUUGCAGAGGUGAAAGCCUCAAAGAAGACAUCAGAAAAACAUAUUUUAAAAUCAGAUGCAACUAAAGAAGUAAAAGGUGCCAGCACUGAAGCUACAGAGGAUUUGUCAAUAAACAGCUUGGUGAGUGGGACUGAAGCUGCGAAUGCUGACAUUAAAGCUAACAUCCAGGAAGACCAAAAGUCCAUAAUUGUUGGAGACCUGAAUAAGGACAUAACAAAUCCAGUCAAAGAUCCAGAUGAUAAAUUAGACCAGAAACCAGAAAUGGUCAAAACUGGAGGUCAGGAGAAGACAGUGGAGAGCCAGAAUAUGGAUAUAACUCAAGACCAGACCUCUCUAAGUACAGAAGACACCAAAGAAAGGAUCGACACCAAUGAGCUGUCAGUGGACAGUCCGGGAAAUGAUGCAGUGACUGCAGAUAAUGAAGUUGGACUUCAAGGUGAAAGUAUAACAAAACCAGCCCAAGAAAAAUCAGUUCAAGAGAAGACAGUGGAGAGCCAAGAAAAGGACAUAAUUCAAGAACUGAUCUCAGUAAACACUAGUACAGAAGGUACCAGAGAAAAGACAGAAGUCAGUGAUUCAUCAGUAGAAAGCCUGGAGAAGGAGAUGGGAGAUAUGAAUGUUAAUAGUGUUAGCAAACAACAGACUGACCAAGAUGGAAAUGCUACCAAACCAGAGAUGAACCAGUCAACAGGUUCAAAAAAGGAAAACAAAGAUGGUAACAAAUCUAGUCUAAAAUCUGGUCUGAAAAAGCGAGUGGGAAUAGUACAACCAGAGUCUCUUGUGGAGGCAGAAAGCCAGAUUCAAGACCUAAAGGUUGUCUGUGAUGAGGAACCUAAAGACAAGAAUGAGACCAAGGAUUCAUCAGCAGAAAGCUUGGUGAAAAAGCCAAGAACUUUGGGUACUAACAGUGAUGCUGGAAUCCAACAGGACCUGACGUCUUUAAAGGUUGAAGUUGACAACCAAAAAGAACUGACUGAAUCUAAACUUCAUGAAUCUGAACAGAAACCAGAGAUGGUCAGAGCUGAAGUUCAGGAGAAGACAACAGAGAUCCAAAAUACAGAUGCAACCCAAGAACUGACCUCAGGUGGCUCUAGUACUGACGAUACUAAUGAAAACACUGAAGUCAAAGUUGCAACAACUGCAAAUGCUAAUAAUGAUGUUAGCAAACAGCAGGUCCAGGCUCCUGUAACCCUUAACAACCAAGAUGGGAGCAUAACAAAACAAGAGAGCGACAAAUCAGCAGAAUCCACAAGUCCAACAUCUGCUCUAAAAUCAGAAUCUCCUCAGGAGGCAGCAGAAAGCCAAAAUCAAGACCUAAAGGAUGCUGAUGGAGCUAAAGAGAAGGCUGAAACGAAGGAUUCAUCAGCAGAGAGCUCAGUGAGUGAGAUGGAGGCUUUGCAGACUCAUAUUGAUGCUGGAAUCCAACAGGACUUGAAACCUGUAAAGGCUGAAGUCCAAGACCAAGAAGAACUGACUGAAUCUAAACUUAAUGAAUUUGAACAGAAACCAGAGAUGGUCAGAGCUGAAGUUCAGGAGAAGACAACAGAGAUCCAAAAUACAGAUGCAACCCAAGAACUGACCUCAGGUGGCUCUAGUACUGACGAUGCUAAUGAAAAAACUGAAGUCAAAGUUGUAUCAACUGGAAAUGCUGAUAAUGAUGUUAGCAACCAGCAGGUCCAGGCUCCUGUAACUGUUAGCAGCCAAGAUGGGAGCAUAACAAAACAAGGGAGCGACAAAUCAGCAGAAUCCACAAGUCCAACAUCUGCUCUAAAAGCAGGAUCUCUGCAGGAGGCAGCAGAAACCCAAAAUCAAGACCUAAAGGAUGCUGAUGGAGUUAAAGAGAAGGCUGAAACCAAGGAUUCAUCAGCAGAGAGCUCAGUGAGUGAGAUGGCAACUAAAGUUAGCGACAAGCAGAAUGGAGACAUUACAAAACCAGAAUUGAAUAAGUCAACAGAAUCCAAAUGUCCACACCCUGGUCUACAACAGGGACCAGAGACUGUAAAAACAGAAUCUACAGAUGAUGUGGAAAGCAAGAUCUCAUCAGCAGAGAGUUUGGAAAAUGAAAAGGCUAACAAUGAAAUUAGCAGUCAAAAGAACCAGAAGAGCACACCUGUCAAAGUUGUGCAAAUAAAGAAACCAGAGACAAUUACUGAACCUCACACAGCUCCAGGUACUAAUCAAGAACAGAAAUCAAAGGCUGUAGCAACAAAGGAUCUGAAGAAAGCAACUAAAGAUCCUGAAUUAAGUGUAACAUCAAGUGUUUCCACGGCUGGAAAAGCAGCUGGCAAACAGGAACAGAAAAACCUCAUUAAAGAGGUUGUUGGAGUGGAUGAGAAACUAAAGGCAUCAAAGAUGAAUGCCAAGAAAGAAUCACCCACUGUUGGUUCCAGUGAGGUGUUUCUGAAGGAUAAAGAAACAAAAGAAAAAAGAGAAACAGAUUUUCUAGGUAGUGCUUUCAAAAAAGGACUACAGACUGCAGAGAAGUCAUCCACUUCAUCCCAAAGUCUGCAAUCAAAUGCAGACGUUCCAUCCGGCUGGUUAGAUGUGGAAUCUCAUCAGAAGAAGAGAAGGGUCCACAAAAGAAGAUUUAAUACGUCUGCUAGUGUGGAUGACCCUCUUGAUGACACCAAUGACUUUGAUGAUUUUAUCAGGAACAUUAAGGAAGGUGGGAUGCCUUUCGCAUUGCCUCCAAAGAAGCAUGUUCAUAAAAAGUCUCCACCUCCACAUUUUGUCUUGCCGGCCAUUAAGGAGGACCACUUUGAGAAAACGUUCGAUCCUGAGGAAUUCCAGUUUGGCUUAAGGAAAAAUGGACGAACCUUUAUUGACCUUUUACCUACUACAAUUCUUAAACAAAAGGGAAAUCAAAGGAAUGGCCAAACUGUGGAAAAAAAUGCCACACCCACUCCUGAACAGCAAGCAAAAACACUUGAUGAGGUUGAAGGUAAAUCUGGACUCCAAGAGGGGGCCAAAGCUGAAGCAGGAAAAGAGGGGCAAGACAAUGGAGAAGAGCCUGUGAAGCUUACAUCAAGACUUAAUAAGAUUUCCAUCCUCUCCAGCUUACUUACCACUCGUUCCACCAGGAAGAGUACAGAGGAAGCUUCCUCUGCCUCAAAUAGCACACCUUCCUCUGACCAGCAGCAGGGCAUGCCCUCACUCAGAAAUGUGGAAGCUGCUGAUUCACCAAAGCCUGAGGCCACGGCUGAUAACGUGGGUGGGACGGGUGUAGAUCAAAGCCCGGUCACAGGAGGUGGUACAGGAAGAGUUAGUGAGUCAGUCUUUAGCUCCUCCUCUCCUCCUCCUCUUGUACUGCCCUCGUUCUCUGACAUAAAGCUGCCUGAACAUUUAGAGAAAUUACUGAAGAAGAACAAAAAAGAAACAGAGACCUCCAGAGCGCAGACAAUUCAAACUAACCAGAAUACAAAGGAGACCAUCGCUAUGGACCAGGACCUGAUAGCAGGUCUAACUAAGGUGGAUCUGAACCUGAAGAGCCCUGAAGAACUUCCUCCAAUCACCAACCACAUCCAGCAGCGCCCUCCAAAUGGAUUUCAAAAGACGACUUCAAAGCCAAAGAUUCCUGCAGUAAGAGGGUUCCACAAAAGGCCUGGAAAGAUCAUCAUACACGAGCAUGCUCAGUUUGGAGGAGAGGCCUUUGAGCUCUACUCUGAUGUAGAAGAUGCCACCACCAUGAAGCUGUCCCCCAUCAUAUCCGUCAGAGUCAUCAGAGGAUGCUGGCUCCUGUAUGAGAAGCCUGGUUUCCAGGGCCGUAUCAUCGCUCUGGAAGAAGGUCCUACAGAUGGCAUCGUGAAUGUCUGGGCAGAGGAGGAAAGUCCUGCAACACUAGGUGAGAUGGGUGAACCUAUUCCAACAGCACCUGUGGUCAUCGGCUCCAUUCGACUGGCAGUGAGGGACUACAGCAUGCCCCAGAUUGACCUGUUCUCAGAGGUGAACGGGUUGGGGAGGAUGGCGUCCUACUCUGACGACACCGUAGAGGUCAGCUCCUAUGGCAUCCCACAGACCACCGGCUCCAUUAAGGUCCAUUCUGGAGUCUGGCUGGUGUACACCGAUCCAGGGUUUGCAGGGUUCGUGGGCGUGCUGGAGGUGGGAGAGUAUCCCUGCCCGGAGGCCUGGGGCUUCCCUGAGCCCUUCGUAGGCUCGCUCAGACCCCUCCGAAUGGGGGUGAUAAAAGUGGAGCGUCCCAAUGAAGUCAAGGCCUUACUGUACGAGAAGCCCAACUUUGAUGGCGAGUGUUUAGAGGUUCACAGCGACAUCUACAACAUACAAGAGCCGGACGAGGAAUCCGACGAACCUGCUGUGAACAAGAAGACGCUGUGUGCAGUCGGGUCUCUGAAGAUCCUCGGCGGCCUCUGGGUGGGCUACCAGGAGGCAGACUUUGAAGGUCAGCAGUACAUCCUGGAGGAGGGGGAGUACCCUCACUGCAGCGACUGGGGGGGAUCUGAGGACGGGCUGCAGUCACUUCGGCCUGUAAUCUCAGACUUUGUGUCCCCGCACGUUAAACUGUUCAGCGAGCAGGACUUCAGUGAGCGGGGCCUCAGCACCAACCUGCUAGUACCCGUCGUCAACCUGGAGGAGACCGGCCACGGUGCAAAGACCCAGUCUGUCGAUGUCAGCGGUGGAGUGUGGGUGGCGUUUGAGAAGCCUGGGUUCAGCGGGGAACUCUACGUCCUGGAGAAAGGCAUGUAUGCAAACCCGGAGGACUGGGGAGCUCAGAACUUCAGGAUCGCAUCCAUACAGCCCGUCUUCCACGACAGCAUGGGAACCACAAAAUUCAAGGUCCAGCUGUACUCUGAGGAGCACUUCCAGGGACGGCUGGUGUCUCUGGAGGACAGCGCAGCAGCUCUGGAUGAAGACUUCACACCCAGGUCCUGUAAGGUGCUGGCUGGCAGCUGGGUGGCGUAUGAGGGAUCCCAGUUCACGGAAAACAUGUACAUCCUGGAGGAGGGGGAGUACCCGAGCACAGAGGCCAUGGGCUUCCUGUCCUCAGACUCGAGCUUCCGGUCCAUCCAGACUGCGGGACAUGAGUUCUCUCUGCCGUCCAUCGCCCUGUUCACUAAGGUGGGCUGCAGGGGUCGCAGGGUGGUGCUGACGCACGAAGCUGUGAACCUGCAUCAGGCCGGCCUGGACACUCGCAUACGCUCCCUGGUGGUGGAGGGAGGAAUGUGGGUGUUGUAUGAGGGCAGUAACUACAGAGGUCGACAGCUGAUCCUCCAACCAAGCCAAGUGGCUGAUUUGUUUCAGCGUAGCGGCUUUCAGCGUGUUGGAUCCCUCCGCCCAUUACUGCAGAAACCGAUGUACUUCCGCCUGAGGAACAGUGAGACGGGAUGCAUGAUGUCUCUGACGGGAACGCUGGAAGACAUCAAACUGAUGAGGGUGCAGGCCAUGGAGGAGACGGGGGGAGAGGAGCAGGUGUGGCUCUAUCGGGACGGAUAUCUCACCUGCAAGGUGGUCGAGGACUGUUUCCUGGAGUCCUCGGGCAGCGUGAUGAUGGCGGGCAGUCGGAUCUGCGUUUCUCCCGAGCGAGGCAAAGACAAUCAGCUGUGGAACAUCAGCCCGGACGGUGUGGUUCACAGCAACCUCAAACCAGACCUCAUCCUGGAGGUCAAAGGUGGGCAUCAGUACGAUAAAAACCAGGUGAUCCUGAACACGUUUGAUGAGCGAAAGCUGAACCAGAGGUGGAGUUUGGAGCUGCUGUGACGACUCUCACAGCCUCCUGAUGGAGCUCCAUCACACUGGGCCCUGAGACGCAGCUCUGCCAUGGAGCCCACAGAGAUGUUCCCUACUGCGUUUGCUUGGAAAGACGAUGCGCAUCGUUGAUGAACAAAAUGUUUUUAGCUGACCUUUAACCCAAAGACUGUGUUCUUCAGCGAGACCUCAGCCCUGUUUCAAUGCUGCACCUUUUCCUGUACGGUACUUCUCUUACACCCUCAAUGUGUGACAUGCUUACACUCCAGAAGCUGUUUGUAGAUCAAAAUGAUCCGUUUGAAAGUUAUGUCUUUUUAGUUUUUUGUACACGGGCACACACACACACACACACACACUCUCCACGGCAUCGUUUGUACAGAACCACUGAGUGUAAAGACUUUGAGUUUAACUCUGCUGCCCUCUGCUGGUUGUAAAUGUGAGAAUAUUGUUACACAUUAAAAUAAUAAUGUGAUGUU